ACAACCAUUCAGACAUCUUGCAUUUGCAAGUCUGCCACAAUUUUGUUACAUGUACGAACAGAAAGGCAUUAAAAACCUACCCAGCAUCGCUAGAUCACAGCUCACAUUUUUUACAUGCUGGGCUGAAUUGAGUUUGCGUGUUUGAGCCACUCGGAGCGGAUUGCGUGCAGGUUUGUUUCGUAUUGUGCGUCAUAUCUUCAUUUCUGCAUUCCCACCCAGGCAAUAUGGCAACACCAGCCGCUGUGAAUGCAUCGGAAAUGGGCACAGAUCUGUCAGGACCAGUAGCCAUGCCAGUGGCAGUGGUGGGCGCAGGCCAGGUCAGGAUGGCGGGCACCAUGCCAGGACGAGGAGGCAAGCGGAGAUCAGCAGGGAUGGACUUUGAUGACGAGGAUGGAGAGGGACCCAGCAAAUUUUCAAGGUAUGACGAUGAUCAAAUUCAUGGUGAUAAGGAACGCUAUGCCAGAGAGAACCACAGUGAGAUUGAGCGCCGUCGGCGCAAUAAGAUGACCCAGUACAUCACAGAACUGUCGGAUAUGGUGCCCACCUGCAGCGCACUGGCGAGGAAACCAGACAAGCUAACUAUCCUGCGCAUGGCAGUAUCGCACAUGAAGUCCAUGAGGGGAACAGGAAACACGUCAACUGAUGGAGCUUAUAAACCCUCCUUCCUUACUGAACAGGAACUGAAGCACUUGAUUCUGGAAGCAGCCGAUGGCUUUCUGUUUGUGGUGGCGGCUGAGACGGGUCGUGUUAUCUACGUGUCGGACUCUGUGACUCCCGUUCUGAACCAGCCGCAGUCUGAGUGGUUUGGCAGCACGCUGUUUGAGCAGGUCCAUCCGGAUGACGUGGACAAACUGAGGGAACAACUGAGCACAUCUGAGAACUCCAUGACAGGACGUAUUUUGGACCUGAAGACGGGGACAGUGAAGAAGGAAGGACAACAGUCUUCUAUGAGAAUGUGUAUGGGCUCCAGACGUUCCUUCAUCUGCAGAAUGAGGUGUGGCAACGCACCACUGGAUCAUAUCUCACUGAAUCGGUUGUCCAGCAUGAGAAAGAGAUACAGGAAUGGUCUGGGACCGUCAAAAGAGGGGGAGGCGCAGUACUCUGUUGUGCACUGUACUGGCUACAUCAAGGCCUGGCCGCCAGCGGGCAUGACCAUUCCUGAGGAAGACACAGAAGCAGGUCAAACCAGUAAAUACUGUUUGGUUGCGAUUGGAAGACUGCAGGUGACCAGUUCUCCGGUUUCCAUGGAUAUGAACGGGCUCUCUGUGCCGACAGAGUUCCUUUCCCGCCACAACUCAGAUGGCAUCAUCACUUUUGUUGAUCCUCGUUGCAUCAACGUGAUUGGCUAUCAGCCUCAGGAUCUUCUUGGCAAAGACAUCCUGGAGUUCUGCCAUCCAGAGGACCAGAGCCACCUGCGUGAGAGCUUCCAACAGGUGGUGAAGCUGAAAGGGCAGGUUCUUUCGGUCAUGUAUCGGUUCCGGAUGAAGAACCGAGAAUGGAUGCUCAUCAGAACCAGCAGUUUCACCUUCCAAAACCCUUAUUCUGAUGAGAUCGAGUACAUCAUUUGUACCAACACAAAUGUCAAGCAGCUUCAGCAGCAACAGCAAGCUGAACUGGAGGUUCACCAGAGAGAUGGACUGACUGCAUAUGAUCUGUCGCAGGUGCCAGUUUCCAACGUGCCAGCUGGUGUUCACGAGGCGGGCAAGGCCAUCGACAAAACAGAUUCGCUGUUCUCACAGGAGAGAGACCCACGCUUCAGUGACAUGUACUCUGGAAUUUCCGGGUCUGAGAAAAAGAUGAUGGCCCCCUCCUCUACUGCGGGAGGACAGCAGUUAUAUUCCCAAGGCAGCCCAUUUCAACCUGGCCACUCUGGCAAGAGCUUUAGCUCAUCUGUGAUCCACGUUCCAGGGGUUAAUGACAUCCAGUCUACCGCCGGUUCAGCUGGACAGAACCUCACUCAGAUAUCCCGCCAGAUCAACACUGGUCAGGUGUCCUGGACAGGAAGCAGACCACCCUUUUCUGGCCAGCAGCAGAUUCCUGCUCAAUCCAGUAAGGCCCAGUCCUCACCAUUUGGCAUCGGCUCCAGCCACACCUACCAGGCCGACCCGUCCUCCUACAGCCCCCUGUCUAGCCCUGCCACCUCCUCACCCUCCGGCAAUGCCUACUCCAACAUGGCCAAUCGCAGCACUGCUUUCGAUGUGUCAGGAGAAAGCAGUCAGAGCGGAGGGCAGUUCCAGGGUCGACCCUCUGAGGUCUGGUCCCAGUGGCAGAGCCAACACCACAGCCAGCAGGGUGGAGACCCUCAUCCCCACCCUCAGUCCAGCCAGACAGAGGUCUUCCAGGACAUGCUACCAAUGGCUGGGGAUCCCACUCAAGGAACAACCAAUUACAACAUUGAAGACUUUGCCGACCUUGGCAUGUUCCCACCAUUUUCUGAGUAACCGGACUGAAAUCAGACUCGUUUGUUGGUUUUGGUUCAGACUGCAGUACCUUCAUCUCGCACAUUCAUGUGCAUAUGAUGCUUCUUGAAACUGAAUUCGCACACACGUAAACACUUUCAUGACUUGGUUGCUGAAACUAAAACAGAGAUUCUCUUCUUUUUUUUUUCUUUUUUACAUUUUAUCAUACAGAAUAAGUAUUUUCCGAAUCAUUAGGGAUGUGAAAGGAUAACUGUCUUUUGAACCUCAUUUUAAAUGCCAAACGGCAUCUUGCUGACAAAAAAACAUGCUAAAAUAUUUUUACGCUGCGCCAGACAUUUAUUAUGCGAAACGCCGCUUACUGUGUGAAAUGUAGUCUUUGUAGUGAUGUCUAUAACCUAGAUAAACUAAUAAUAAAUGUAGAUGAAUGUAAAGGCAAAAAAAAUUAUACGAUGAGUUUUUUUCUUACAAAUUCGCUAACAGUCUCACUUCAUGAAGCCAUCAACACCAGCCUCAUAUUAGCAAAUGCGCCAUAGAUAAAAGCAUUUUGCUGUGCAUUCAUUGUGAUCAUUGUGGCAGCUGCAAUUCUUUGUUACUAUUAACUUUUGAACUGAUAACGUGGACUUAUAUGCUCUACGAUUGUUUUCAUGAUGAAACUCGGUGAUGCCGCAGCUACGGACUGAUGGGAAGACCUUGAAAUGGAAUAUAAAUCUUUUUUGGUAAUCAAAUGGAUGUUUUUAUGUAAAUAAUGUGAUUUUUAUGUUGAACCGUGUUAUAUUUCACAUAAAGCUACUA